AUGGCACCCAGCAGUUGGCGUGAGGGGCUGCAGGAGCUUGGGGGCCAGUGGCAGGAACAAGUCUCUUCCGACCCCAUGGAGCUAUAUGAGACAUCCCCCUACUUCUACCAGGAACCCCACUUCUAUGACGGGGAGAACUACCUGCCCGUCCACCUCCAGGCCUUCGAGCCGCCAGGCUACGAGCGGACUGAGCUCAGCCUGAGCCCUGAGGCCCGAGGGCCCCUCGAAGACAAGGGGCUGGGGACCCCCGAGCACUGCCUGGGCCAGUGCCUGCCGUGGGCCUGCAAGGUGUGUAAGAGGAAGUCGGUGUCCGUGGACCGGCGGCGUGCGGCCACACUGAGGGAGAAGCGCAGGCUCAAGAAGGUGAAUGAGGCCUUUGAGGCUCUGAAGAGGAGCACCCUGCUCAACCCCAACCAGCGGCUGCCCAAGGUGGAGAUCCUGCGCAGCGCCAUCCAGUACAUCGAGCGCCUACAGGCCCUGCUCAGCUCCCUCAACCAGGAAGAGCGUGACCUCCGGUACCGGGGCGGGGGCGGGCCCCAGCCAGGGGUGCCCAGUGAAUGCAGCUCCCACAGUGCCUCCUGCAGUCCAGAGUGGGGCAGCACAUUGGAGUUUGGUCCCAACACAGGGGAUCACCUGCUCACGGCUGACCCCACGGACGCCCACAACCUGCACUCUCUCACCUCCAUUGUGGACAGCAUCACAGUGGAAGAUGUCUCUGUGGCCUUCCCAGAUGAAACCAUGCCCAACUGA